GUGAAGCUGAUCGAGCUUCCGACAUGUCAGCAGCUAAUUGUGCAGCAUGAGAUGCUCCAGGUCCGAUUGCCAGAUGUCACGGCAUUUUUUGGAUGCUUGGACCUGAAAUCCCGCUUUCCAAGCAGCGGCUCGCCGGGCAAGGCUUUGGGCAUGAAAGAUGCAGAUGUCGCAUCCUGGCUCCUUGCUCUCAAGGGCUUUAUAGCGCGUUGUGUGGACCCGCGUGUGGAGCUUGCGUUGGAGCUUGACGCUUCAGAAAACGAACUUACUGAUGAGGCUGGAACGCGUCUCAUCUCUGGCCUGCAAAGAAUCAGGCACACCCGCGAAGGACCUUUUCGUUUGCGAGUACUCAAACUGCACAAGAACAAGGUUGGAGAUGACACCUGCGCAGAGCUUGCGAGCUUGGUGUGGCAUCAAGCGAAAGCUGUGGAGGAGAUUCACCUUUCGCACAAUGAGGUGCAGCAAAGGGGUUUGACUGCCAUUCUAGCUGCGUUGGCGAUGCACCCAGAAAAGGCAUAUCCACGAGAGACGCCGUGUGAGGAUGUACCAUGCUGGGUACGGUUGGAGCACAACCGCGUAUCUCACGUUGAGUACGUCCUGGCUUUGUUGCAACAGGAGCCCGUGAAGCUGCAAUUCUGCAUGGCACCUCGGAGAGAGAAGGGACCAAGCUGCACAUCAUUCAGAUGCCAGGCAUCCGACAAUAUUGCACAUGCUCACCUCUACUGUGUCGACAAGCAGGAAAGUGAGCCAGAAACGCGGAAGCAUGCUGAGGCGGUCGUGCAGAGUGUCAUCCGCCAGCUGCAAGGCGAACGGUGCAAGGACACCGUGAGUGACUCUGCUGACGCACACCAUGAAGCUGUGGAAGCUGCCGAGUUCAGCGAUGCUGCGCCCUGUAGAUUUGAGGAUCUCAAGGUUGAUGCAACCGGCGCUGGAUUGGAACUUACCCCAGAUCCGUAUGGUUUCCUCAUCGAGACGGUGUUUGAAACACCAGGUCAGAAGCUCAAUGCAGGUGAGGUCAUACUGGAGAUUGAUGGGGUACAGCUUUGGGGAGACUUAGAUGAAGACAGACUUUCAGAUGCCUUCGGCAGCCGCUUUGCUGAUGGGGCUCGUAUCAGAGUGGCUCCAGCGGAUGCAGUUCGAGGUCGUCCUCUGUGGCAGCCUUUAACCAUACCUGGUCCUGGUUUGUCCUUGCGAUGCGAAGCUGUGUCAAGUUCGUUGUGUGAAGAUCUGAAGAUUAUGGGAAAGCAAUGUGGUGUGAAGGCAGAGCUGGAGGACGGUGGCGCAUGGCUUCGAGGACCGCCUCAGAACCAACGGUGGGCUGCAGACGAGUUGCCAAGGCUCAUGGCUUUCUACUUUCCAGAAGCAUCCAUCCCGUUUCCGUCCUGUCAAUGGCGUGGUGAUGCGGAAGAUAGUUGUAUCGCCACGCCUCCAAUGGAGGAAACUGCAACUGGAGCCAAAGGCAGUGAAAGUGCCGGCUUUUCAGAGCUCACUAGUUGGGAGGAAGCAUUACGUGGACAGUGGCGCGAGGACGAUGAUUUGUUUGACGAAGACUUGCCUGUGGAGCCCCUUGAGGCUCCAGAUGACGGUCCUGAUGUCUUUGAGGGUGAGGCCCUUCCUCCGGAUGUUGUGGUGACCCAACCAUUGCGGGUCUUGGUUUUGGUUGGUCUUCCCGGAUCUGGCAAAAGCACCCUUGCAUCCAGAUUGCAGAAGUUUGGAUGGGUUGUGAUCAACCAAGACACUCUUGGUGACAGGAAGAAGUGUGUGGCAGCUGCAAAUGAAGCACUCUCCAGUGGCAAGCGCAUAGUGGUGGAUCGUUGCAAUGUCACGCGAUUACAGCGACGAGUUUGGUUGGGAGUGGCGGAUGAGAACAAGGCAAGCACUGCUUGCAUUUGGCUGGACGUGCCAGAAGAGGAAUGCGGCGAUCGUGUUCUCCACAGAUUUGGCCACAGCACCCUCCCGGCAGACAAUUCCAGCUUGGAGGUCAUUUCAGCCUUCCAGGAACGCUUCGAAAGUCCUAUGGAGGCAGAAGGCUUUGUGAUGUGGUUGGUAAGGGAUGAUGGUGACCUUGAUGAGGCUGUGGCACAGCUGCAAGAGCUAGUUGAGCGCAGUGAGGCUUUAGCGGAAGAAACACAACCUGCUGCGAAAGCAAAAUCACCAUACUCCCGCCACUCUGAAGCAUUUCCGUACAAGGCGUUCCAGCGGAGGGGUGCUCGAGCUCUCUACUUGCGAGCUUUGCGUCGGCAAAUCGAGUAUUACUUUUCGGACAAGAAUCUCAAGCAAGACUGGUUCUUUCAGGAAAAGAUCCAAGAGCCACCUGAGCCCGGAUGGCUGGAGCUUCGAUGGAUCCUGUCCUGUCCAAGAAUUCGAGAUGUCCUUUGUGCGAGCGCGGAAGAUGUCUUGGAAGCCUUAGGGCCUUCUCCACUGAAGCAGAAGGCUGCUCGUGGAUUUCAGUGGGUUCGCAGGACAAAGCCUUUGCCAAAGCUGAAAGAGAAGCGGCCUGCCAAGGGUCAUGAGCCUGAGUGGUAUGUAAUGCUCCAUGCUGACACAGCAAACCCAGAAGAUUCAGGUGCAGAGUCCGAGAAUGAAGAGGCAAGCGGAGACGGGGACAACCUGGAGAAAGGUAAGGAUGGGGAGGUGCCAAAGUGCGUCGUGUGUCGUCGCCAACGCCCGAAGAGCUGCUUUAGCAAGGCGCAGCUGACAAAGCACCGCAGGAAUCCCACUUGCAAAGACUGCGUGGCGUGAGAAGGGGACAGUUGAGGAUUAGAGCUGCGCCGCAGGCAAUGCAGGCAGUUGUACAGUGAAUGGCAGACGCCAAGUCAGUAUGAUUAAGCUGAAUUGCACUGCCUCUGUACAGCCUCUGUACAGAAACAGGUUGCCUCAGAUUGCCUG